UAGGGUGCACGUAGUUCUCGGUAUAUACCAAGCUAUUACUGCGUUUUCCCUCCUACUAUUUCCUACAACUUGUGUGACCUCAACAUAGGUACAGUAUGUUCCUACACGCUGAAACUGAGUGAUCCCCUGAUUCGAUUAUAUUGGGCAUUCCAUGUCCCUUCUACAACAAUACGUCUUUAGCUAUUCCUGACACCUCAAAGCUUAUUGUUGAUCAAUUUAUCGCCCGGAUCGAUUAUUUUUCUUAUCUGCAGCCUUCAACAGUGUCAAUUCUGAAACCCUAGAUAGUGCCCUAACUUCACAUUCGAAAUCGCCAAUAUGCCGUCCGUGGCACCAUCUCGCAAUGAAUCGUCAUACCUCCUGAACCAGCUUAUCAUAUCUCCUUCGGAUUCCGACUACCUCGAUCAAUUGAUCCCUUCGAUUAAAGAGUACAGCAUUGGAAACCGAACAUCCCAACUAUUGCAGACAUUGUCUAGAUUUGCUAGUGACAAGGAAGCCGAGAUAGAGACCAUUUGCAACACAAAUCACCAGGAGUUUGUCACCUCAGUGAACCAACUUCUACGCAUCAGAGAAGGUACGGUUAGCCUGACCUCUGAGAUAUUGGACCUCAACCAGUCUAUACAAGCAAGUACGGAAAAGCUGGCCGAGCAGAAGAGAGCUUUGGUGGAGUCACGGAGUCACCGGCAAAACAUUGAUGAGACAUCUCGAGCUAUACGAGACUGUCUUGAGGUUUUGCGUCUCGCAAACCAAGUCCAUGAUUUGCUCGCCAAGAAGAAUCACUAUGCCGCACUUCGCGCCCUGGAAGAACUGCAAAAUGUUCAUCUUAAGGGGGUGACGCAGUAUAAGAUUGCUGAUAUGAUUCAGCGCUCAGUUCCUACAAUGCAGAAAGCAAUAGCGGAGGCAGUCAUGUCUGAUCUCAAUACUUGGCUUUACAGAAUUCGGGAGAUGUCGCAGUAUCUUGGAGAGAUUGCUUUAUAUCAUACAGACCUGCGCAAGACCAGGCAAAAGGAGAGGACAGAAAAAUCGCCGUACCUUGGCCAAUUUAAGCUGAAUUCAGCAAUCGAGCUGGUAUCUGAUGAGAGCGAAGAAUACGAUCUCUUACAGAACGAGGAACUCCAGGUCGACUUUACGCCCUUAUUCGAAUGCCUCCAUAUCCAUCGUUCAUUGGGACGUAUGGACAGAUUUCGAAUCGAGUACGCUAAUACACGACGUCGGCAGAAGGAGCUUCUGAUCCCGACAUCGAUAACUCUCAUCGAUGAAGACGGUGCUAGUCUACACAACCUUCUCGAAGAAAUGGCUGGCUUCGCCAUUGUCGAACGCUCCACAAUGAAGAGAGUCCCGGAUCUUAGGUCUUCGGUUGAUGUCGAUGAACUAUGGGAUUCAAUGUGCCAGACGGCAGUGAUCCUGAUAUCAAAGGCACUCCAUGAGGUUGAUAAUGCUGAGAGUCUGCUGAAAAUAAAAAAUCUCAUCGCAUUAUUUAUGCAAACAAUGAACACCUGGGAAUUCCUCGUCGAAGUGUUUGAUGAUUUUCUCCUGACUUUGUUCCAAAAAUACGCAGAGUUGCUGAAGAAGAGAUUCAGUGAUGAUUUUCAAGAGAUUGUGUCAACCGAUGAUUAUAUGCCUAUGCCAAUCCAGACGAUUGAAGAAUUUGAUAAAGUACUGAAUGUCAGUUGGUAUAGUCCUGACAAGCCAAGAGAGGAACAAGCGUUUCCAUGUGUCUUGCCGUUCUCCCAGAUGUAUCCCUUAUGCUGCAUUGACAUCCGCAACUUUCUAAAUCAGUUCUACUUCUUUGCCAAUGAUGACUUUUCCCAUCUUAGCGUCAUAGACGAAACACUGAGAGAUGCGCUGGAUGAGCUUCUAUCUAGCAAAGUCUGUGACACGCUUGUUGAACGUCUGUCUUCACAAUAUCUGGGUCAGAUCGUGCAAAUCCUAAUAAACUUGGAACAUUUUGAACUCGCUUGUCGUGAACUUGAGCAGUUACUCGCCGCUGCUAGAUCGCAGAAUGUUUCUGGUGAUGUAGUCACCUUGAAUGCUACUGAGAAGUUUAGAAGCAAUAAGAAGGCCGCAGAGAAACGUAUUUUUGAGGUUGUCAAUUCCAAGAUUGAUGACCUUAUUGAAACGGCCGAGUACGACUGGAUGGCAUCUGUUCCACCGGCUGAGCCGAGCAACUACAUGCAGACACUGACGCGUUUUUUAUCAAACAUCAUGAAUUCAACAUUGCUCGGCCUACCGACAGAAAUCAAAGAACUCAUAUAUUUUGAUGCGCUCAGCCAUGCUGCCAAUAUGAUUCUUGCACUUCCUCUCUCUGCGGAAGUAAAGAGGAUCAACCCCAAUGGCGUGAUGGCUCUUGCAAAAGAUGUCGAAUACCUAUAUCAGUUUGUCGACAGUCUCGGUGUCCCUAUCCUCCGGGAAAAUCUCGAUGAACUGCAGCAGACAGUGCAGUUGAUGCAAGCAGACAACACUGACGAAUUCUAUGACAUCUCUACACGAAACAAGAAGUAUGGUCGUGUAGAUGCUAUCCACGGCCCAAUUCUAUUGGAAAAGAUCAUACGUACCGUUCAAAGUCCUGCGAAGACGGAUAAAUUUGCCACCCUUUCAUCGAGAUUUGGUAAGAAGUCAUAAAGCUGACAACCUGGACUACUUUGUCAUAUCUUUGAACGCGUCAUGCUGCUUAUCUUCGGGGAAAAUCAUACAUCAACCAAAUAUAUUCCAUAAGUGAACUGGGUAUGAGAUCGGCUAAGCAAAAUAUCUGUAGCGUUUGCAACGGAUAGUCGCUACUUUACGUUAAGUAACAUAGCCGAUGACUUCAACAAUAUAACGAAAGAGAUGUCAUAGGGCGGUAACAAAUAUUAUCUGUCAGCGGCCUAGCCUGUACUUGACUUUCAAUUGCCCUAUCGCUCACUUCUCAUGCCCAAACAUUAGUCGAAGGGAGAAGAUGCAAGUACACAAAACAGAUAAAGAACGAUCUAUAG